AAUUGAUCAUCAUUCGAUUUUUCGUCAGAAUUCAUUUCUCAUUUUCUUUUCCUUAAUUUGAUUAUAAAUAGUUGUUUUUCGACUUUCAGGUAAACGAUUAAACAUUCAUCAUCAAAGCGAGUACAUCGCUACCAAACGUUUUGAAGCGUUAUCAAGCAUUAUUUUUUAAAUCAUCAAUCUCCAAAAUUUUCAAUAAAGAAAAAAAAUCAUGGCCAUUAACGUAACAUUAUUUGGUUUUGCUUUGCUUGAUACUGGCGCUCUACUUUUUCUUUCAAUCUACAUACUAAUCACAUUGAGCGAUCUGGAUUGUGAUUAUCUAAAUCCAAUACAAUGUUGUGAUAGAUUGAACAAGUGGAUCAUACCGGAACUAAUAGCUCAUGGAACAAAUAUCUGUCUAAUUCUAUUGACAAGUCGUUGGUUUCUAUUAGCCAUCAAUUUAGCCAUGUUAUUCUAUCUCAUCUACAACUUUUAUAUAUCUCUUCCACGAAGCAGUAUGUGUUUCUAUGAUCCAUCCGAGAUACAUGUACGAGGUAAUCUCAAGACUCACAUUAAAAUAUCAUUCAUACGAAUGGUAUUCCAUUUGAUUCAUUUCUUUGUCUACUUAUAUUUGUUCAUCAUUUCAUUACUAACUGAAUCAUGAAUUUUGCAUUUCCAUUUUCAACAUCACUAAAAUUAAACCAACGAAUAAUUGGAACAAUUUACUUCGAAUCAAAUACUUGAUUUGAUCUUGUAAAAGAUAAUGUGCCAGAUUGACUGUUUGAACAUACACACACACAUACACUCAUUGAUUCUCAUAUAAUAUGAAUAUAUUGUAUUUGCUUCCUCGAUAACAUUAAUUAAAUAAUCUUAAUUUUUUAAAAUUUA